GAUUAUCCAUGUCUAACCACUGAAGAGAGAAAAAUCCCUUCCAACACACUCUUUUUCUACUUUUCUCCUUUUUUUUCUCCUAAUAUUCCACCCACUUUCCUUUUCAACAGAAAAUAAAAAGUGUAUAUUCUGAAGUUUUGCCUUUGAAGGUAUUGAAAAAUAUGGGAUAUUAGAGCAGCAUCACAAAAGCAUAGUGGAAUUUCAUACCAAAGGUUUUAGUAAUAAAUAAGAUUAAUAAUGGGUAGUGAAAACAAAGAAGAGGAAAAUCAAGAGAAUCUUGUUCAACAGAAGAAGAAGAGUUCAUUAAGGAGUAAAGCAGCACACUUUGUAUCAGAUGUUGCCACUGUUAUUCUCAACCCCAUUUCUGAUAAACCCUUAAAGCCUCGUCCCCCUCCUGUACCCGAAGAUGAAUCUGAUUCAGAGGGAAGUAAGCAUGAGUCAUAUGCAGAGGAAGAUUCCAAGGAUUUAGUUGAUGGUCCUGAUACAUCUUCUUUCACCGCAUUUCUAUAUUCUCUGCUGUCGACCUCAGGAUCUGUGAGUAAGUCUAACAUUAGUGGCAAGCAAGACGAGUCAACACCUGAACCUAUAAUGAAGGAACCUAGCAGAAGAAAAAGUAUACUUUCCAGGGGUAAACAGUCCCUUGGUAGAGCGUUUCACGGAGUCGCUAGACUAGGCGGCUUUAGAAAUCAGGGUUCUGCAAAGGGCAGUUCUGAGAUGGUGUUUGAUGAUGGAAGUAAUUCCAAAGUUGCUGGAGAUGAUCAGAUACCCUUGGAAGAUAUGAAUCAGAAACUUCCUCAGAACAAUCUUCCGGAAACUUCCGAGCCGUCAAUGCUCCUCUCUGAGAAGGCUAGAAGCGCUCUUUAUGCUGCAUUGCCAGUGCUUGUGCAGGACAGGAAGUGGGUCUUGUUAUACAGUACAUGGAGGAAUGGAAUAUCACUCUCAACGUUAUAUAGGAGAAGCCUACUCUGGCAUGGCAUCAGUCUGCUGGUUGUGGGGGAUCACAACGGUGCUGUAUUUGGUGGCCUAGUUGAUGCACCAUUAAGGGCAACUACUAAGAGAAGAUAUCAGGGUACAAAUAAUUCAUUUGUUUUCUCAAAUGUAUCUGGCCAACCUGUUAUAUUUCGACCCACAGGUGUCAAUCGCUAUUUCACUGUCUGCUCCACGGAGUAUUUAGCUUUGGGAGGUGGUGGUCAUUUUGCUCUCUACUUAGAUGGGGAUCUGCUAACAGGUUCAAGUGCAACAUCAGAAACUUAUGGAAAUUCUUGUUUGGCACACACUGAAGACUUUGAAGUUAAGGAAGUUGAGUUAUGGGGCUUUGUAUAUGCUUCCAAGUACGAAGAGAUGGUUUCCCUUUUGCGAACGGAGGCACCUGGAAUUUGCCGCUGGUAAUUACCGCUUUUCAGAUGCUUCCCUUCCAGUCUAAAUGAUCGUGUCUGUUGGAUGCCCGUGCUUGAGCACCAUGUGGAAUGCAGGAUAGUUUUUGUACAUAUUUUGUCACAUGUUAAGCAACAAUGUUACACUUGUAUAGAUGUGUUCCCUUACAUGUAUAGCGAACAAGUUUGAUAAAAUGCUCCUUUCUUCUUAUUUGCUUUGGCAAAUGAGAAUGAAUGUGAGAGCCAACUAAAAAUAUUCCUUAAACUUUUCUCCAGUGACUGAGGCUAAUGUGCGAAGCCAUGAUUUGAAGUUUAUGGGCUUGAGAUUCUAGUUCUUUUAAGUUAUGGGUUCCAAACUAAUAUUGUGUACAUAUUCAAUGAAUUUCUUAAGAGAAAUACAGGGUUUGGACCAAAGUUACUGGUUA